AUGUUCCGCCGCGUCACACGCGCCACUCAGGCCGUGCCAAGCAUCCGCAGCUUCGCAACCGCCGCCCCCGCUGCCGCUGCCCGCAAUCACAAAGUCGUCGUCGUCGGCGCCGGUACCGCCGGUCUAUCAAUCAGUCACCAGCUCCUGCAAUCGGGCAAGUUCAACCAAGAUGACAUCGCAAUCGUCGACCCGGCCGAGUUCCACCACUACCAGCCAGGCUGGACGCUUGUCGGCGGCGGCCUCAAGACAAAGGAAGAACUCCGCCGACCGAUGAAGGAGCUAAUCGACUCCAAGCUCAAAUUCUACAACGACGGCGUCGCUUCCUUCGCCCCGGAACAAAACACCGUCACUUUCGCCAAUGGCAACAAAGUCAACUACGACCAAUUGAUCGUCGCCCCUGGUCUCACCAUCAACUAUGGCAGCAUUAAGGGUCUCCCUGAAGCCCUGGCCGAUCCCUCCGCCCCCGUCUCCUCCAUCUACGGCUACGACAGCGUUAGCAAGGUCUUCGGCACCAUCCAGAAACUCGAAAAGGGAAAUGCUAUCUUCACACAACCCGCCGGCGCGAUUAAGUGUGCCGGCGCCCCGCAAAAGAUCAUGUGGUUGGCCCUGGACCACUGGAAGCGCGCUGGUCUGUAUGACCCGGCCAAUCCGUCCAGCUCCGCAAUUAAUAUCGACUUCGCAACCGGUAUGCCGGUGAUGUUCGGAGUGCCGAAGUAUAACAAGGCGCUCACGGCGAUGCAACAGGAGCGCGGCGUGAAUGCGCUAUUCCAGCACGACCUUGUCAGCAUUGAUGGGAACACGGCGACAUUUGCCCGGCCGGAUGGUCAGGCGCAGGUUUCUAAAAAGUUUGAUUUGCUGCACGUUGUGCCGAAGAUGGGGUCGCCUGCUUUUGUGAAGAAUAGCGCUCUCGCUAAUGAGGGUGGGUUUGUGGAUGUUGAUGAUGGGACGGCUCAGCAUAAGAAGUUUGCCAAUGUUUGGUCGGCGGGUGAUGCGUCCAGUUUGCCUACUUCCAAGACUGCGGCUGCGGUUACUGCGCAGGCGCCUGUUGUGGUGCGGAACUUGUUGCAGAGUAUGGAGGGCAAGAAGGCCGAUGCUGUUUAUGAUGGGUAUACUUCUUGCCCGCUGUUGACGGAGUAUGGAAAGGUUCUCCUUGCCGAGUUCAAGUAUGGUGGUGAGCCGAAGGAGACUUUUGGUAAUUGGUUUGGUAUUGACCAAGCUGUUCCGCGUCGCUCGUUCUAUUACCUCAAGAAGGACUUUUUCCCUUGGGUUUACUAUAACUCCAUGGUUAAGGGUGAAUGGGCUGGACCUAAUGGGUGGAAAUAG